AUGACACAAAGGCUGCUUGAUCGUGAAAAGGAAGAAGAACUCCAGUCAAUGUAUGCAUCAUUAUCCCGCACAUGCAAAUGCCUGGAGCCUUUGAGACAGAAGUUCGAGGAACACGUGAAAAAGGCAGGUCUAACUGCUGUUGUGACUCUCUUGGGCGAAGAGGGCAAUAAUUCAUUGGAUCCCAAAGCAUACAUCGACACGCUACUUGAGGUCUGUUGCAGGUACUCAGGAUUUGUUACGAGGAUCUUUGGUGGAGAGACUGGGUUUGUCGCUUCACUCGACAAGGUGUGCAGAGAGUUUGUCAAUCGCAAUGCUGUGACGGGUUCAUCAAUGACAAAAUCACCAGAACUGCUCAUCAAACACGCAGAUGCAUUGCUUCGCAAAAAUAACAAGAUGACUGAGUGGGACCUUGAAGCUGCUUUGAGCGAUGCAAUGGUGCUUUUCAAGUACAUCGAGGAUAAAGACAUCUUCCAGAACUUCUACUAUACGAAAUUGUCCAAGCGCCUCUUUCAUGGCAUAUCUGCAUCGGAUGAGAGUGAGGCGAGCAUGAUCUCCGAGUUAAAGGAGGCUUGUGGUUUUGAAUACAUUCAAAAGUUGCAGAAAAUGUUCACAGAUAUAAGUCUCAGUAAAAACCUUACUGACGAGUUCAAUGAACAUAUGCAAACUCACGAUGAGAUGAACAUGAACUUUUCCAUCAUGGUUCUUGGUUCGAACUCCUGGCCUCUCAGCGCACCAAAGGGCGAUUUCAUCAUUCCUCCUGAGAUCAUUCGUACGUACGACCACUUCCUCGGGUACUUCCAGACGAAGCAUUCUGGUCGCCAGCUCACUUGGCUCUGGAAUCACUCGACGAACAAACUCAGAAUGAACUACCUCAAUCAGAAGUACAUCCUCAUGACCAACUUCAAGUCGAAGAAAACCCGUAUUUCCUUGAAUCGGCCGAUUAAGGCUGAGGUGAAGGCCGAUAGCUCGGAGUUGUCUCAAACUGUCGAGAAAGACCGUAAACACACGCUUGAGGCCACCGUUGUUCGAAUAAUGAAGGCAAGGAAGACGUUGAAGAUCCAACCCUUGAUUCAAGAAGUAGUUUCUCAACUUUCGCAACGAUUCACCCCUAAAAUUCCUGAUAUCAAAAUUGUGAUCAAUGAGCUUUUGGAUAGAGAAUACAUCCAACGCAUGGAUGGAAUUACAGAUGCAUUUGAAUACGUGGCAUAG